CGCCGCCUGUCAGCGCUGCGCGGCCAUGGCGGGCCUGCUGCCGGGCCGGGCUGCCGCCGCCCGCCGCCGCCUGCUCCUCGUCCCCCCGCCGGCCCCGGCCCCGGCCGCGGCCCCGGCGCGGGGCGGCAGCUGGGCGCUCCCCGCCGGCCUGGUGCGCCGGGGCGGGCUGGUGGGCGGCCGCUGGGUGGAGGCUGCCGGCGCCUUCCCGGUGCGGGACCCGGCCAGCGGCGCGGAGCUGUGCAGGGUGACCGACUGCGGGGCGGCCGAGGCGCGGGAGGCCGUGCGGGCCGCGCACCGGGCCGGCGCCGCCUGGGGCCGCCUCCCCGCCAAGGAGAGGAGCCGGCUGCUGCGGCGGUGGUACGAGCUGGUGGUGGAGAACCGGGAGGAGCUGGCGCGGAUCAUAACGGCGGAGAACGGGAAGCCUCUGAAAGAAGCACAGGGUGAAAUCCUGUAUUCUGCCUCGUUUCUGGAAUGGUUUGCGGAGGAAGCUCGCCGGGUUUAUGGUGAUGUCAUUCCAGCAUCUGCGAAAGACAGAAGAAUCCUGGUGCUGAAGCAGCCAGUAGGAGUGGCAGCCAUUAUAACCCCAUGGAAUUUCCCCAGCGCUAUGAUUACCCGGAAGGUUGGUGCAGCUCUGGCAGCUGGCUGUACGGUGGUGGUGAAACCUGCAGAGGACACACCUUUAUCAGCAUUAGCUCUUGGGGAGCUUGCAAACCAGGCUGGAAUUCCAGCGGGAGUGUAUAAUGUCGUUCCUUGUUCCAGAGAACAGACACCGGUUGUAGGGGAGGUUCUGUGCACUGACCCAUUGGUAGCCAAAAUAUCUUUUACUGGCUCUACAGCAACAGGAAAGAUACUGCUGAAACACGCAGCUGGCACUGUGAAGCGAGUUUCCAUGGAGCUUGGAGGACACGCUCCUUUUAUAGUGUUUGACAGCGCCAACGUGGAGCAUGCUGUUGCAGGAGCCCUUGCUUCCAAGUAUAGAAACUCAGGGCAGACCUGUGUUUGCACAAACCGUUUCCUAGUACAAAAGGGAAUUCAUGACCAAUUUGUGGAAAAGUUUGCAGAAGCUAUAGAGAGAGAACUACACGUUGGAAGUGGAUUUGAUGCAAAAACUACCCAAGGGCCACUAAUUAAUGAAAAAGCAGUGGAGAAGGUAGAGAGACACAUAAAUGAUGCAGUUUCUCAAGGAGCAUCUGUUGUGACUGGAGGGAAACGACACAGCUUGGGGAAGAAUUUCUUUGAGCCAACAUUACUUAGUAAUGUUACAACAAAAAUGCUUUGUACCCAAGAGGAGACAUUUGGCCCUUUAGCACCGGUUAUCAAAUUUGAGACUGAAGCAGAAGCUAUUGCUAUAGCGAACGCAGCUAAUGUGGGUUUAGCAGGAUAUUUCUACUCCCAAGAUCCAGCCCAGAUCUGGAGAGUUGCAGAACAGCUGGAAGUUGGAAUGGUUGGUGUUAAUGAAGGCAUAAUCUCAGCAGUGGAGAGUCCUUUUGGUGGCGUAAAGGAGUCUGGCUUAGGGCGAGAAGGUUCAAAAUACGGCAUUGAUGAAUACUUAGAAAUAAAAUAUGUCUGCUUUGGAGGCUUAUAAAAAUCUUCAAAAAGCACAAUCCCAACAGCUUGGAAAAGAGUGCUGUAGUUUUAAUAAGCUUCUUGAACCAGAAAUAAGUAUGAAUGCAACUUCUGCCUUUAAAACUAAGCAACCCUGUUCUGUAUGUGUAGAGCUAUUUACAGUAUUAUGUGCUGCUGUGUUUUUACACGUUCUUUGUAUGUUUUUUCAGCAAUGUGAUCACAAUGUCCAUCAUUUUUAGUAAGGAGUAGGGAAGAAUGCACAUUUAUUAUUCUCGGAUUACCUCUGUGUAACUGGGAGGACUUGGAGACUUGUGCGUAAUGAAAACAGAUCAUAAUCUAUGGCAAGGGGAAAUCAGACCCCUAUUUUCUACUGCCUGUAAUGUUUCAGUGUGGAUGUGGAACGCUUUGGGGGACGGCAGUGUCCCCUUUAGAAUUUUGUGUAAAUACUCACCUUUUCUAAUGUGGUUAUGUGAGUCUCUUUUAGAAGCAGGAGUGUCUUUUUCUUUUCUUUUUUAAUUUUGGGAGAAUCUGAUGCUUAUGAAAGCUAAGGAAUUGCUUUUAGCUACAGCUCGGUAUCCACUCAGGCAAACUGACAGCUUUUUCAGCGCACAUUAAUGCUGGCUGUAGAGCUGCCACCUGCUCAGCUGUAGUUUGUGCCUAACAGCUUGCACACCUGGAAUUAAACAUCAAACAGCCCUUGUUUGAUGGUUUGUGAGCCCCAGCAUCCUGGAAACAGGACAGUCCAGGACGAGGACUUGCUGGCUUAGUGAGUGGGAGGAGGCAGAUGGGAUGCUUACUUGCAAGAAUAACUUGCAGAAUUGUAAGGGGAUGCUGUAAAAGUUGUAUGAAGGAAGCGCAGACGGUGACAGGACGAUACAGAUAAGCUCCCUUUCAUGAAAACAACUUGGCUUUCCUUUGGGAGAAGUACAGUCGCUGAUGCAAAUGUUGUUCAGUGUCCAAAGGAACAUGACUCACCACCUCCAAAGAACACGAGCAGAGAGAUGGUUACAUUCCAUGGGCUUUGUGCCUUGAAUUGGAUUUGUGGUUACACAGGUGAAUGUCCAUUAGGGAGGAAUGUUUAAAAGCCUUUAAACUUGGCUAACUUGUGACCUAAUAAAGAUUUAAAUAGAAGUGAUAAGAGGUGAGACUUCUACACAUCGCCUCACUAUUUUAUCACCUUCAAAAGAUGACAUAAAGCUUCUUUAAUACAAAAGCAAUGCUGUUUUAAUGGCAGUCAAAAGCAGCACUUCAAAAACCAUGCAAUGUUAAUUUGGCAAAUAAGUCAGCACUACAGAAGCUAAGGGGAAUAAAUUUCAUUUGCGUUGGUUAACUUUACUUGGUGGGGCUUUACCCAUUAAUUAUUAAAAAUAAAUAGAAGGAGGCAACAGAGCUCUUCUUCCUAUACAGUAAUGAAUGUACCCUGUGAAAUGGGAUAUUUUAAGGUAUUUUAUCCAGUCAGGAAAAGAGGUACCAGGUAGCAAAAGACCUGGGGGGGGCAUGGGGGAAGAAAAGCGAGUCAGAACUGAGUUUCAUGGGGUUUUUUAAAGCGCACAUAAGGUAGCAUUGAUUGCUACUUAUUAUUUCUAACUAUUUUUUAUGGUUCUAUUUGUGUAACACUUGAGACCAGGUGGGUCUGGAGCACAUUAUCUGGCAGUGGAGCGUGUGUGCACAUGAUGCCAACCGAAGGGUGGUUAUAGGAUGCUUGCUGCCCUUCCAGUAAUUUCCAGCGCACCAAAGAUGCACAUUUAAGAUAGCAAGGACUUAAUACUGUUAUCAGUUGCAGCAUUAUGUGCUUGUCAAGAACAGAAAAAGGAUGGCCAAUUUAUACACUAGUUGCAAGAAACUUAUCUUAACAGCCAACUUCUAAGCUUAUGCUAUUGAGCGCACAAGGCUGCCUGAAUUUGGGGAAUACAGUGGUGUGGAAGAGGCAGCUGUUUGCCAGCCCUGGCUGCCACUACAUGUUUGUCCAUCACUCAAAAAGUAACUAGGAAGGCGGCGGCCAUAACUUGGUGCCUGGGUACCAGAGCGCAGUGAUGCAGGCACACUGCUGUAUGACAGUGCAGUCUUGAAUGUGGGUGUACUUGUUGGCACGGUGCAGCUGGAGGAUAAAUUCUUUAACCCAUGCUCUAUUCAUUGCAAAGUUAUUGAUCUGAUGCAUUGGUACAUUUAAAAACUUGAUGUCUUUCCCAUAAUAGCACUGUUAAAAUUAAUGAGUAAAUGUUUACUUUUUUUCUAGCAAAUGAUACCUUUUACUAUGCCUGGUAAGAAGCACAAACCAUAACUGAAGAUAACAUAUGUAAUAAACUUUAAAAAUAUCUUUGUCUAGAUUGGAUUGUGGUUGGAGUCCAGCAUAGUAUCCUUGUGUCAGUAAGGUCUACUUCAGUUAAGCACAGAAUAAUCUUAAAGUUGUCUUCAUGACAGAAGCUGUGAUUCUUCAACAAAAGAUACACUGGAAUUCUCACACCUCAGUUAUGUUGAUUACACCUGUGAUAAGUUUAGCAAUUUCUGGCUGUUAAAACUGUGAUAGGAAAAAUGUUUUCAUUUAAUAAAUAACUUCUGUGAAA